CUAGUUUACGUCCAGAGUGGUUUACCCCACAGGACGCCAUCAUUUAAUUUGUACAGUACGUUUUACUUGGGUUUUACAUUAUGGUUGAACCUAUGGCCCGGCUCCUUAAAUCAUCGAAACUCGCAAGCCGAUCCACUCACUCUUUGUAAAAGAGUUUCGUCAAGGUUCGAUUAAAAAAAAUGUUUAACGCUUCACGAUUUUGCGUGUCAAUCCUGCGCAAGUCGUUCGUAUCAAUGCAGAAUUGAUCGUUUAAAAAAAACGGAAAAAAUCUCUGAAAUUAGUUAAUGCAAUUAAGUACUGAUGAAUGAUAUCAAUUUUUUUCAAAAUCAUUGAUCCACUACACAUCUACUGCAAACUGGAUUUUCAAAUGUUGGCGUAAAACCAAUAACGUCUUCACAUUUAAAAACUUUUAAUGUUCAUAACUGAAUGUUAAAGACCAUUAAUAUGAGGUUGGCCAUUGGUCCUUGCGCUCCAAGUUCGUCUAUAUUAACUACGCCACUGUCGUUCAUACACGCGAAGGCAUUUCUCGACGACAUGUUGUGUGCGACGCCGUUCUGCUUCGACAGCCGUCGUGUUGUUUCACCUAACGGUUCGACCAACGACAAUUUUCAUACGACAAGGCAACGAGAUCUCCAUUUCGAAACGACAGUUGUCGUGAGGUCGUUGGUAGAUGAAAGAUGAGGGACGAUCCGGCUUUCAACAUUAAAUUCCUUGAAGUAAUAGAAAAGCACAGAGUACUGUACGACUACACCAUGGACCAGUACUCCAAUCGGCACAUUCAGAAGCAAACAUGGAACGAAGUUGCCGCAGAGUUAAAUGAGUCCACUACAGCCUGCAAAGAAAAGUGGAAAAACAUUCGUUCAGCAUUUACCCGGUAUCUACGACAAAAGCCUAAAAAGAGUGGAUUGGCCGCUAAACUACAAAGAAGUUAUUACUUGACAGAUUAUCUCCAGUUUCUAUUACCUUACACCAAAUCACGAAGCAGUAUUCCUGCUCAACCAGAAAAACAUGACGAAACAAAUAACAGUUUUGAUGAAAUCGACGAAACGGAAGGUAUCGAUUUUGAAAACUUUCAAGAAGAAACGCCAAGCGAAGACGGAAUUCUUUCAAACGACCAAGAGUCCAAUAUUGAUGAGACUUGCAUUAAGCAAACAAUAAAGGCUUCCAAACAAACGGAUCCAUUAGAGGGCGAAUGCGCUAUGGAAAUCUUUCAAUCGACAAACAGCAGGAUGAAGGAACUUGAAGAUUCAGAUGUACAAUUUGUUUCGAAAAAUAGUAGGAUGAAGGAACUUGAAGAUUCAGAUUUACAAUUUCUAAAAAGUAUUUUACCAGAUAUGCGUCAAAUGAACAGUCGCCAAAAAUUUCAAUUCAAAAUAGGGACGAUGCAACUUAUUGGUCACAUUUUAUAUAAUACGUCUGCACCGAAGUCGCAUAUGCAUGCUUCAACAUCAGUUAAAACAUCUCCUACACCAAAUCCUCAAACUUAUUGAUUGAUUUUAGUGGAUCUUUAGCGGGAUCCUUCACUUAAGGACUCAAAUGCAUUCAACCAGCGACACAAUCUCCAUGUUCAAUUACAAGUACACCAUCAUGUAUUGAAUAGUAAUAAUCAUAACUAUGCUCUAAAUGCCUCCAAUGGAUGGUAAUUGUUAAUAAAUAACUUUUCGUUAUUAUAAACUUAUUACUGUCAGAAUUAUUGUAAAUUUAUAGAAA